CUGCGAGUUUUCAUAAACGUAACGACCACAUUUUAAAUUUCAAUAAUAAAUUCAAAAUAACAUUCGCCAGAACCGUGGCUUUGUUAUUGCCUAUAACAAAUUAUUUUAAAUUAAAAGUGUUAAAAUAAAACUUCUAUAAAAUGGCUCAAAUGGUGCAAAUGACUACUGAACAAUUACAACAACUGAUCGAAUCGGUACGUGCUUCUGCUGGCGCAGGAACUGUGGUUGCUGCCGCCAAGUCCAAAGGAAGUUUUAGUAAUUGUUCAUCUCGCUUUGGCGGUCAACGUGAUCAUGAAGCUGUCGAAGAAUUUAUUACCUCAAUAGUGACCUACAAAGAAGUGGAAGCGAUUAGUGAUGAAGAUGCCUUAAAGGGGGUGUCGUUGCUGUUCUAUGGUUUGGCCUCAACCUGGUGGCAGGGUGUGCGUAAGGAAGCUAAAACUUGGAAUGAUGUUUUGGCCUUAAUACGUGAUCAUUUCUCACCCACUAAACCUUCUUAUCAAAUUUAUUUGGAAAUCUUUGAUAAGAAACAAGAUGACAAAACCGCUAUCGAUACUUUUGUGUGUCAAAAGAGAGCCCUAUUGGCCCAAUUGCCUGAUGGUAGACAUGAUGAAGAAACCGAAAUUGAUUUGGUGUAUGGUCUACUCAACAUCAAAUACCGUAAACAUAUUGCUCGUCAAGACUUUAAAACAUUCCGUGAAUUGUUGGAAAAGGGUCGUGUUAUCGAACACAAUAUGUUAGAAGCUGAAGGCAGUCAACAAGAUAAAAGGCGUCAUAGACACUAAAAGAAGUACAAGGAGAUUUUAGAGGCUAUAUGAGGAAAGUC